AUGAACAAGAAGAGGCUCUCGACCGAGGACAAGAUCCACAUCGUGUCGCUCUUCUACGGGUCCUCGCGAGACCGCGCGACGCGGGUGAGCCAGAGCCACAUCGCCAAGAUGUACGGGAAGAGCCGGGCGGCGAUCAGCAAGAUCCUGAGGGCGGAGCAGGCUGAUCCCAAUCGCAUUGAGGCAGGUUUCAUGUUUGAUCAAUGCGAAAAUUAUCUUUUCGAGGAAUAUGAGAAGGUGACUAAGACAGAGACGAAUGGUGUGCUGAGAGGCGACAGGAAACGCCAGAAGGCUGUGAGAUCCGAGACCUAA